UUUCUUCACAGCAACGCCAUCAAACGCGUCGACGGAAACGCAUUUGCUGGUCUUACGAAUCUCAAAUUAAUGUAAGUUUAAAGAACUUUUAAUUUGUGUUUUACAAAAAAAAAAAAAUUGGCACUUUGAUGCAAUUCUAUCACAGUUCCCCGCAAAUCCAUCACCAGCGAAUACUUCAUUAUACGAAUAACAGAGAGGAUGACCGUAAAUUAAUUUUCUUUUCUUCACUGUCAUUCGUAUUUCUUAUAUAUAUUCUAACAAACAAUCUUCUUUAUAAAGUUUUCUCUAUCCUUUUUUCAAAUUAUGUUGUUUAUUAUUUUUUAUUUUUUCAAUUGCCAAAUUAUCUCAAUUGCAUGAACUUUUAUCAUUGUUGGCCCAUUCAGUUUUUGAACAUUACCUUAAUAUAAAAAUAAUCAAAUUUUUAACUGUAACUCCCCCAUACUAGUGAAUUGACUUUCCGUUUUCUUUUAUUCGCUAAAUGCCCUGAAGAAGAACGGUUUCUCCGUCCCAAAUAUCGGGAAACUUCAAGUCGCUUUUGUGUUUGCUGUGUUGUUGUUAUUGUUGAAUUUUUUUUGGAUAAAAUAGCAAGAUUUGGAUGUCAUUAUUUUAUAUCAAAAGGUUUAAAUAAUACUCUAGGCAAACUAAGCUUUCUUCACGGAAUCGUGUAAUAUCCGAGUGCAUUGCCGUUACCUACCUCGUUUCCCGGCCGGAAAAAAACAAAAACAAAACAAAACAAACAAACAAACAAACAAAACCAAGACUUCCCUCGUCCCUCCAUGAGUAUGACCAACUUUCCGCUGCCCGCCCGCCUUUUACCAUCCCGUAUCCCGCCUUCAAAUUUUCUUUUAUCCCGCAUGCCCGCAACGAAAAAAGGCUUAUCUCACCUCCUGCGGCCAAACCUGUUAGGCCCUCAUCAUACACAUCAUAACCCAAUUGUCAUUUAAAGUAACAAUUUUCUUGUUUCGUUUCUUUACCUAUUCAUUCAUAACCGUUCACAGGACGCUUUUUGGUAACCCCUUCGGGAUAUUACCAUCAAAGGUGAUCGAGAAAAUGUCUGCCAAUACAAAAGUGUAAGUAUGCUUUUUUCUGCAAGCAUUUUUUUACAACCCUUCUUUAUGGGGCUUUGGGGAACAAUGGGAGCAGAGCAAUUUGAUAGUCUGUAUAAGCUGUAUUUAUGAUAAAAUGUUUUACAAUACUGAAUCCUUUAGAUAGAACGACAAUGAUGACGCCGAAUGCUUGUUGGUGGCCUGGUCGACCAGGUCUCAGUCAGUUUCAAGAAAAUGCAAGACGAGAUCCCGUCAUACUAAGGGCAUGGUUAACGCAGGGUUUUCUGUCUUUUGCACUGGGCAAUUAAAUCAGUCAGAGAUUUACCUGUUCUCCUUUCAAAACAGACACGCGCAAUUGUAACAGAUAUAUUUAACCUUGACACUACAAGCUAAGUUGAAUGCAUUCAAAUUUGGGACAACUAAUUGCAUCAUGAAUGAUUGCUUUUCCGAUCUGAUAACUUAAUAAAAUUAAAGCUGAUUUUUCAGUGAUAGCUUAAAGCCGUUCGGUUGUGGUACUAAUUUUCCUUAGUCUUAAUAGACCUUGUCACGGUUUUCGACGCCAUUUUGACGAGUAGGCAAACGCGUGAGAAAUUACAGUGAUUGUAUGAGAAUCUAAUGUCGAAUAAUUUCCGUAGAACGGCUGUUCUGAAAAAAAUAUGACUUGUAAACUAAAGCUUCACUCCUAAGAAUUCUCCUGAAAAAAUUUGAGGGCGUUACAUGCACUUGAAGACCUAGAACCACUUUUUUAAAUUUUCUAUACAUUUGUCUGUAAGAAUGUCCCGGGAAAAAUACAGACAAAUAUAUGGAAAAUCUGAAGCAAGCCUCUGGAGAAAUUUAGAAUAGGUACCCCCCCGAAAUUUUUUAGGACAAUCCUUUGCAUUGCAGCUUUCGUUUACAAUUGAUAUUUCUUUCAGAACAGCCGUUUUACGGUAAUUAUCCGACAUUAGAUUCUCAUACAACCACUGUAAUUUCUCACGCGUUUGCCUACUCGUCAAGAUGGCGUCGAAAACCGUGACAAGGUCUAUUGGUUAAACCACCUAGGGCCUACCAUAAACAUAAGUUACUUGUUCUACGCACAGGUUUCUAUGCCAACAUAUCUUUGGCCUUGUGCAUAAAGUGUUCCGCCGCCUAUUGCCCUAUUUGUUUGAUGAGCAGUGAAUAACGAGAGACAUAAGCUUCCCAGUACGACAACAUGCUGUGUUACAGUAUGAUUCUUUUUCCUCGCAAAGCGAGACGCGAAGCGCAGCGUGAAGUGAGUUUAUAAUCUCGUCACCCGCGGCGCGCGCGCGCGCAGUGCGUGGACCGGGUGUGGAUUAUAGCGAGCUGCAAAACUCGCAGCGCCAAUUCUUGUGUAUAUCCGAUGGCGUCCCGAUGACGUCAUAGAGUAGUUUGACGUCACGGCGCAUUUUUUGUUUCUUGGCAUCAUCCAGGACUGAAAGCGAUUUUUCAUCAUCACAAUGACCAAAGUGCUUGGUUUUUUUGCGGUUUUAGGGGUUGGUAAGUGCUUUUUGCAAUGAAUUUCGAAUGAAAAAGUACUUUUAAAAGCAAAUGGAAGCAAUUUUGGAUAAUUAGCCUUAAGGUAUGAGCGAAAAAUCGAGGUAACAAAACACGUUUUGCUCGAAGGCGAGUUUAUACCGUAUCGGCUUAGUUGGGCAUCUGUUCUUGAAAUGCGAUGAAGUGCGUUUACGUUAGGUUUCCACCGUCCAAACAGCUUUCAUUCUUCUGAAAAGUAUCUCUGAAUUCGGGUUCAGCAGGGCUCGAGUUCGAUUCCGAUUGGAACCUGUUUCUUUUUUUUUCCUCUUCUUUUCUUUCUUCUUUCUUUUUUUUCCUUUUCUUUUACCUUUAGUCUGCUUUUGAGUUAUUGUAGUUUUGUUAUAUUUCUUUAUAUUGCUGAAGUUUCUUACAUUUAUAAAUUUUCUUCCUUAUUGCUUUAUUUUCCUUUAAAUUUCUUGCCGUUCUCCCGGAGUCCUUGGCGAGGUCCUGCAAUUCACGUAUUUCUAGUUGGGCAACAAAUUACUCUUUCAUUUGGGUGAAAUUUGAACAUUCAACAUCUAAAUUAACAAAACUGCAAUGGCGUCGUUAGCCUGCGAAUACAGCCGCCUCCCAACGCUCCACUUUUCUAGGGAUAUUUGCAGAGAGAGACGACCCAGUCCGGGACUGGUCUAGCCUGUCCACAUUCGUUUUUCUUCCUUUUUUUCUUCUUUUUUCGACAAUUUAACAGAGCCCGGUCAAUAGAUACCCGGCGGUUUUAUUUCUAUACGCGUUCGACGAUCUCUGAAGAGAAACUAGAGGGUCUGUGAACAGGUUGCAACUGGUCAACGACUGCACCCGGCUAACUAGCCGAACAAGUAGUUUUUUUUUAUUUAUUUUUAUUUUUGUAGCUUUUACUAAAUAAUAAUAAAUAAUCUACUAGAAAAGUCAUUGUUCGCGGAAUAGAUUCUUUCCUAGAUAAAGGAGAUGACUUUUGCUGCCGUUCGUUCGCAUAAACAACAGACUUUUAGCUUUAAACUAAAAACUUAAACUAAACUGAGGACGAUAGAGCGAUUUUCGUAUGACCUUGAAAUGAAAACGUUCGAACAAAACGGAAACAACAGACGAAGGGAAAUAGAGCGAUUUGAUUGGUUUGUCGAACGGAUACAAACGUGGCGUGGCUUUUGGUUGGUUAAGCGAACGCUUUCUAGAACUUUCUAGAACUUUCUAGAAAUCAAUCGAAACUUCGCUUUGACGUCAUACUGCAACACGAUUGGUCAAUCGAGCAAUGCCUUCUCCAUAUUAAGGUUCUCUUUGGCGGAAAAGCGAGGACUCCAUGUUUUGAUCUCUUCAUCCAUAGGCUGAUAAAACAAAUAACGAACACUUACCGCAACCAUUUUUCAAGGUCAUGUGAAGAUCGCUCUAAUAGACAGGAGAAACGAAAACUCGUAAAAAAUUAAAUCUGGAACCCCAUGACUACCAGAUUUAUUGCAUCUGGAACCACACGACUACCAGAUUUGUAAUGUAAACAUUUAUUUACCUCAUAAGUAUGCACUUUUGGGCGAUAAAUCACAGACGUCUCCCGCUCGUAAAACGUUCCCAGUGUAGGGGAGGGAUAGAGACAGCUGUACAGGGUGUUUCAAAAGUUCGUUCCGAUUUUUAUUCGCUUAAUUUCACUGAUUAUUAAAAAAAACCUUUUGUAAAACUAAGUAUGUUAUUCAUUAUUCAUUUAACAAUGAAUAACUAAAAUAUUAUCAACCAGAAUGUCCUCCUUUAUGUUUACUGACAUUUUCUAAGCGGUGAAGUAUAGAAUGUACGAGCUUCCAAAGCGUGUCUAAAUUCGCAUUUUUUCCAGGCGCAGCGUAGUCACUGUCUUAGCUCGUCUAGUGUUUUGGGGGCGUAGAUAUUUGCAUGUUGUCUCGUCAACGACAAUCCAGAUGGUCUCUUGUUGGUUCACAUCACGUGAGUUUGCCGGCCGGUCCUCCUUUGGUAUAAAGUUUUCAAAUCCUUCUGACAUCAUGCCUGCAUGAAGUGUACACCACCUUUUUCUCUUCUAGGCUUUCCAUUUUUUUGGUAACUUAUCCCCAUACCGUUGUGCUCGAAACUUUGAUCGAUAUUGUGAAGUUCCAUUUUUUUUUACCCUUCUGUUUUGUGGAAUUAUUAUGCAUAUACUUACAGCUUUUUCGAUAACAUUUCUCACACAGUUUGUGAAAAAAACGGCCAUCCACUCCUUGGUUUUCCUUCUAAGGUCUUUACUUUUGACCACUUGUUCAGUCAUUGUUCAGUCAAUAAUUUGGCAAUUUUCGUCAACUUAAUGGCCAGAAGACCAUGAAAAUAGAUGCCUAAGCUAUAGCACAAACAGCGUAGGCCUACAUUUUCGUGAAGGAAUAGAGAAAAUAGAAGAAAACGGCAAAAAUACGAAAACAGAAAACCUACAAAAUGGGCAGGAAAAGAAUGGCGGGAAAAUCCUGGCGAAAGUGUACAUUUGGGGCAAUAAUUAAAAUACAAAUGAUUUCUUCAAAUUUUAGUUUGAAAUUGCUUUGAACGGUUAUUUAAAUAAAUUUCUUACUUGAAUUAGUUUACAUUUGCCUAAAGAAGCAUUAAAUGCUUUGCGCAAAAUACAAUUUACGAUCGGAACAAACUUUUGAAACACCCUGUAUUAGCAGGCUGUUGCAACUUUCAGUAUAUCUCAGUGCUAAUAACUAAGAUGGCACCUUGGUUGAAUAUUAUUACUUAUGAGGAUGUCAGGGCAUUAAACGUCGCUGUAGAAAACCUAAAGACAUAAUUGAGCACAAUCUUUACUGCGAGAAGGAUUCCAACUGGUAUUUUGUCGAAAGAUUCAGAAAAUCGUAAGCUUUUUACGUAUGCUUUCAACUUUCUAGUGCCGUGGUUGGUGUCGAUACAAUGAUAAAACAAGUUAAAACUUUCUAUUGUGGGCGAAAUUUGUGAAACUUGAUAUCAACAGCUAUUUAUCACGAUAAAUGUGCAAGACGGCCAAAACGGUCGAUACAAGAACCACAGAUUUACCAGUUUAUUAACAAAAUAAGACAAGAAUUCGAAAUCGGGAAAUUUAAAUGAGAUCGAGUAACACAAGUGUUGUCGAUAACUAUACAUCUAUGGGGAACUUGUAAGAAUAACUUGACUUGCGUUGAGGGCUGAUUCUCCUAGGGGGAACAACUAAUCAACUGAACUUACUUAGCAAAGGCUGUCAAUUUAGAGAUCUCCAUCACCUAACGCAGCAGAUAAACACAUGCAACCAGAGCCAGUGCCACCACACUUUCCACACCUGAGGCGAUGAGUCCAAGCAAGAGUGUACCAGCUUUACCCAGCUCAAAAACCCAGCGAACUCGCAGAGCCACCAUCUCAGACUGUUACCAGGGAGGGAAAAGUUCCCUUCCAACAAAGGAGCUACAGGGCAGGACGCAUGAAGCAAGUCCCAAUCAAAUUCAAAAAUUAAGCUGAACCAUCUCCUCCUGAUAGGAUAUUUAAACUGGCAUUGAGAGACAAUUGCCUGCAUUUGUUGUUUGAUAUUUUUGCUUCCCCUUCACCUUCGUCUUACCUAAGGUCGACUCUUAUUCUUUGUUUUUCUUUGUUUUUUGUUUUUUGUUUUUUAAUACAAAAGGGGGGAUGUCAUAGUAUGCAGUGAAGGCCCUCGACGUUUUGUUAGAACUCAAUGUUGCGUUACAAUUCAGGCUAUUUUGACAUUGGUUAGAACAUUGCCAUAUAAGGGCAUACAAGUUAAAUCAGGCGCUUUUACAUGUUUUUUAAUGGAGCAACCUAUUAAAUGAGGUGCGGAAAUAACUGUUUCUCGCUUCCAUUUUACAACAGGUAAACCGUAUACUCGUGAAAUUAGGACUGAAAUAAAUUCAUUUCGGUUUUGUCAAAAUUCAAACAAUUUUCCUCGCCUAAAGGCUCUGGGUAUUAAGAAGAAUAUUGCUAAACGCAAGAGAAAUUAUUUUCCAAUUUCACUCGUCACCAUUUCAUCAUGAUCACAUAUACAAUUUUUUUUAUCAAAUAUUCGUUUUAUUGAGACUUUCUGAUGAGUAAAAAAACUGUUUGUUGUUUUUCCAGUUUAUAUAAACCUUAGCGUGUUUGUAAAUCCUUAUUUCAUAAACAUUAAACCAAACUUAGAAGACCACGAAAAAAGAAUUAUUAUAACAAUUACGAGCCUACUUCUGGAGUAUAACACCCAAAACUCAGGAAUAGUAUCGUCCAUUGUUGCCCUUCCCCGACAACGUCCUUAUUUCAUAGUGUCAAACAUCUGAACAAAUAUCUUUAUAGCGCUGUGACAUGUAAAAACUUACACCAGAUACCGUCAGGGAUCUACAAUGCCCUCAUGUAAGUAAACAAUAACACUCAUUUAAAGUUUAUUUUGUUGUUUUUGUUGCCUGUUUGUUUGCUGCUUUGUUGUUGUCGUUUUUUUUCUUUUUUUACUAAAUGCAGAUUAAUUUUUUGGGGAGUUUCUUGAAUUGAAUGACAAAGAAGUCUACUUCAAACUUUCUCACAUGUGUUGCUGUUCAUUUACGGCACAAACGUUUAGAGCGCAGAGAAACAAAACUAUAUACCUUUCUAAAUUACUUUCUAAUCCUUUUUGAAAACGGGUGUAUGAAGUCUCCUGAUGAGUGAGUGUAACAGCUCACGAAACAGCGUUGUAGAGACAAUGUUGUAGCAUUUUUUUCUCUUUAGCAACCACCUAUAUAUUAUUAUUAUAUGCGAGAAACAACAACCACUGACCCUAUACAGCCCAAAUAAUCAUAUAAGCAGAAUAAAUGUUUUGAUAGAAAAUCUCGCCCUGAGUGGGAUUUGAACCGUCCCUGAAUAAUUCAGAUUUACUGGACUGAGCGUCUCCCUCUCUGUCUCGUUCGCCACGAUGUGUGAUAAACAAACUUGUUAUGUUUAUUUCCUUAGUGAGUGUACUCCAUCGUCAUCCUUCUAUGUAGUAUUCGAAGACACUGGAGAUUCAAAAACACAUAGUCUUUUUCGCUCGGGUUUUUCAUGUACUGGUUGCAGAUCCAAAGAAGAACUUGUAUCUUUUUGUUCGAAUUGUACUUUUUGUAUGGCUGGUUCUUAUGCUGGUCCUGGAGGCAGAUGUAUUAAAUGCCCUGCAGGUACUUUUUUUUCUAAAAUAAGAUAACAUGAGGAUAUCUUAAGGGGUUAAUGUACCCAUUAAUUUUGGUAAUUGAACUGAGUGGAGUGCAAUUUGUCUGAAAUGAUACGCGUGAUUUCAAAAUUGAACGAGCUCGCAGCACGAGAUUUAUUUGAAAUCACAAGUAUGAUUUCGGCCAAAAAUUACACGACACAAAGUUCAAUUACCACUUUAUCACAUCCAUUUUGAAAUCGAUUAGCUCUUUACAAAUCUCUUUUAUUAGUCGACAUGGUAUAGCGGGGUUUUAAACAAGCGGAACAGGAAACAUGUAUACAUGCCAUGUUAUCUGCAAAACAGAAUGACAGAUGUCAUUUAGAACUUAAACUGAUUCAAGCGUAGCCAACGAAAAAAAAUAGUCAAGUUCAUUCAUUCAAAUGAUCAAGCUGUUUUAAAAUAAAGUUUAAUCCUCGUCGUCUGACUCAGUCAUAUAAGGCCCUUCGCUUCUUCGUGUGGUUGUUCCUGAGACUUCUCUUUUUUGGGGGAGGGAAAAAUUGAAAGUACAGCCGCUGUAAUUAUACGUUAAGUAUACUUUACAUGUACUUCUCGGAAAAAAGUACAUUUGAAGUAUACUUCGUUUGUACUUCAAGAAAAAAUAUAUAAGAAGUAUAUUUGAAAAAUUUUCUUCAUUUAUACUUCAAAUAUUUAAGUGUACUUUAAUUAUACUUCUUCAAACUUCAGUGCUUGUGAAAAAUAUUUUCCCAGCGAGAAAAGUGUACUUUAAGUAUACUUUGAAACUUUUAAGACACAUUCUGAGAAUAUAUUAGAAGGCAGUGAUCUUGAUAUCACUUCCAAACAAAAGUAUACGCUAAAAGUAGCCAAAAGUAUACUUCAACUUGAAAAUACAAUUUUAGCGUUCUUCUAUUGAGGACAUAAUUGAGAUCAUGUAAACAUUACUUCAAAGUGGUGAAAUAUAUAGUAGGUUUCUAGAUGCUCAAAUGCACGCAGCACACAUCAGCUAGUGUUCAGCUACUUUGUGAGAAGAUCAUCCGCCUAAAUCUUCCAUGUUUUCCGUAAGCGAAAGGCAAAGUCACCCAGCUUCUUCCUGGCCAAUUUUCUUUAAUGUCGUUCGUGGAAUUUUAAUUUGCAUUUAGCUGUAAAAAAAAAAUACUGGAUGUAAUUUAGGUCCACGUCGUUUUACCUCCUUUUACGAGAAUCGAACCAAAUAGAACGAGAACUGGGAGCAAAACCAUCGGCCAUCAUCAGUCAUCUUUACGUCCUUUACGUGAGGGAUGCGUAUAGGUGUUGAAUUACCACUGACUUGCAGUAAGAUCGGAUCAUAUACGGGAUCUUGUAUGUAGAUUUCUUAAUCCGGUCAUGUAUGAACAUUUACAGCAUACCUCACUUCCAUAUAUAGAGAAUACUUCAUGGAAAGUGCGGGCGUACGGUAUUUACGCACGAGUUGUUGACGUAUCAGAAAUCGAACGAGUGAGCGCAGCGAACGAGUGAGAUUGCUGAUACAAAAACAACGAGUGCGUAAAUACCGUACAAAGCACUUUCCAUGUGGUAUUGUGUUUAUUAUAUAUAUACUGAGAUUUUAAUUCUUGUUUAUCGUCUUUAAUGACAGACCAAGACAAAACUCUGUUACAUGAAUUCAAGUUAAAAACUCAUGCAAGGAUUAUAACAUAAACUUGAAUUUCUGCCAGAAAUUUAACAUUACAGCAAGCAAAUAAUGUUAAAAUAUUAUUUCUAAACUUUAAUCCGAGUCGGACUCCUCAAUUCGGAUUCUCUUCCACCUUUUUUCGGUGGUUUCGGUGACGGAACUCCUGGUUUGAAUGGUCGGCGAGGUAGUAAGCGCAUUAAUGGAAAUCGUAAAUUGUCCUCCACUUAUUACUGCUCCAUCAAAAAAACUCAUCGGGGUUUUACUAGUGCAAGUGCUCGCAGCAGCAGUUUCAUUAGUUGCAGUAGUUACUUGUGUUUGCGACGAUGCUCGGCUUAAGAUGCCUGAUAUGUUUUUUUGUUGAUUUAGGUUCAAGCUACUAUAGUUUGUUAUGCUUUGCACGUUCUUGUGCCCACUUAACUGCAUUAUAUGCGUUGGCGGAAUUUCACUGUCAUUAAGUUUUUGAAUCAUGUGUUUACGAGCACUAUGGUUCGUGAGUCGCUCGUUGUUGAUGUUUGCUUUUGAAGCCAUUGUUUUCAUCAAAGUGUUUAAUUUAUUUACACCCAUAGGUGCCGACUUGAACCAGUGUUUUUUGGAGCCGUCUGUUUUCGUGUGGUUUAUUCCCAAGUAGAAUGGCGAAUCGUCAGCCAUCAUGUUUUCCGGUCGCUUUUCACGGUAAAUUUUGUACGCCACGACAGGAUCUCGUUCAUCACCAGUUGAAAACAUUUUCGGGGAAACUUUUCGAACGUUUGAGGCGUCUACUCCAGACCUUGUUUUUGUCUGUCUUUCAUUGUAAACUAGAUAGUCGUUACCUUGUGCGUCCUUACAAAGCUUUACAUCUCCCCAGCACAAAUCCCUAUGCUCUUGACAACCACGCAUUCCAAAAUGAAUGGUGUUGUUCAGCCAAACAGUAUUCAACAAUGAUUCAGCAGAACAAACUCCAAGCAAAUUGUUUUCGUGAAGUAUAUCGACUUCUUCGUCCGUGAUAGCCACAGCGGCUUUGUCCUUGUUGCCUCGGCCUGCUUUCUUCAGCUCUUUUUGUUUAGCCUGUAAACACUUUCUAAACAAUUCAAAUUCUUUAUCGUUAAUGAUACUCUUAGUAUAAUUAUUUUUCUUCAAAUGUCUUUCAAUACUUGAAACAAGGCAUCUUAAACUUGAAGGCUCAUAAUCCUCUCCGUCUUUACGUCUCACAGAACGAAUAAACUCCGCAAGGUGCUUGUUUAAUUCUGCGAGCUCUAUGUCUUGCACUUCUCGCUCGUCGUUCUUUUCGUUUCUCAAAAACGUUUCCAGCAAUUUCACAUCUCGUUUCGUUUUCUCUUUCGUAUUCCUGUUUUCGAGACUUUCCACGUAAUCCUCGACUGAAGUAUCGUGAUCAACAAACCUUUUCUCGUUCAUGUUUUUAAGCUUCAACACUUGCGAAAGAUUUCUUUAACAAAGUGAAAUGCUGCCAGCUGAAUGAAAAUCACCUUGUUACGGCUCACACGUCAAAAAACAUGAUACGCAGCACCUGAUUGGGCGUAUCGUUUUCCUCACACGUGGAAAAAGCAAUACGCGCCAUUUGAUUGGCUGUCGGGUUCUUAGACCAGCUUGUGAACCAAAUUUAUUUCGCGCCUUUUCAAUGGGUAAAUCUCAGUACAUAUAUAAUAAAUGGUUUUUGCGGGCGAUACAGACUCAAAGCAAACGUCAUUUCGACGACCUUGUCUUCAAGAUAUUUAUAUGCUUGAAAUAUUGCCUUUAUCUUCACAAUUCGAGUACAAUAUGACCGGCACGAGAAAAGAAAACAAAAGAAAGAGUACACCAUCACUGAAAUUUGGCGAUAAUAGUAAGUUAUCGGUUCAAUCGCUAUCGAUUCUCCUUUAUCAUCGAGUCAUUUGCAAAAAGGACAUGAAUUAAGGCUCAAGUUUUACAAAGUGAAGGCUCAUUUUUUUCGUUUGAAGUACCGUGUAAGUUCAAAAAUAUAAAAACCCAAGUUUUUCUUUUUUUAUUUUGAGGCAUUUUGUUCCAGUUUUUCAGUGCAAAUGAUAAGAACGUAAUGGAGCAAUUUACUUUGUAACCAAAGAAACAGAUAAACAGAUUUGACAUAUACUUGGGGCAUUUAAGUUAUUCCGUGUAAUUAUUAAGGUGGCUCGAUAUAGUUUUUCAAGGUCAAUACCUCCCAAGUUUGAGCGUAAGCUACGUCGCCAUAUGCAAAGAUUUGGAAAAAUUGACGCCACAGUUGUAUUAGAUAGAGAUGAAAAUUUGUUAUGAUCAGGGUUGCAAUGACAUCGGAGUUGUAAUAGCAACGAAAUGACGCCAUUACCUAUUUUACUUGCAACAGUAUUUCUAGGUACUGGGAACUGUUCUUCCAAAAUCGUUUACUGGAGCUUUUUCCCACGAUAGCCGCCUCGAUGUUCGUGAAGUUUAAGCGAAAUCUGUAAGAGCGUUAUCGAGAUAUUUUGGGAAGAAGUUUUUAUGGUUAGAAAUACGGUAAAAAAUGGACAAUCUUGAUGUUCGACUGUUAUCUGUACUAAACGAAGCGCUUUUGACAUGCAAUUUCACCUCAUAGUAGUUUCAAGCUUUUUAAAAACGUGUGUGAAAGAUCAUGGAGAUACCUUCAGCCGAUGGCUAGAAAGAAGGAUUUGAUUAGUAUGUAUCAAGGCGCUCUUUUUAGCAGUAAUGUAAACAUUUCGGUCUACUUUAACAAAUUAGCGAAUAAUUGUUAAACCGCUCGAUAAAUUUUUUCGAAAAUUUAAGACUCUUGAGACUAACCGUCCUUUUAUAUGACCUCUUAGUUUCAAGAUUACUGAUACACUGUAAGGCAGUAAAAUAAGGGCUUGAAUUCGAUAAUAUUUUGUCAAGAGUUUUGUGUUUACAAGUGAUAGCCUCUCAUUAUUCAGGGGUAUUGUCUCCAAAAUUCAUAUUUUCGUGCACAACAAUAGCUAGCAUUUUUGCAUAUGUCAAAUGCAUUUUUAGUUACUGCUGUUCACGUGAAAAUGAAACCUUGAGACAAUACCCCUGAAUAAUCAGAGACUCGAUCUCACUUGUAAAGACAAAAUUUCCGACAAAAUAUUAGCGAAUUGUAGCCCUUAUUUUACUGCCUUACAAUAUAUCAAUAAUCUUGAAACUAAGAGGUCAUAUAAAAGGACAGUUUAUCUCAAGAGUCUUAAAUUUUCUAAAAAAUUUAUUGAGCGGUUUAACAAUUAUUCGCUAAUUUGUUAAAGUAGACCGAAAUGUUUACAUUACCGCUAUAAGAGCGCCUCGAUACAUAAUAAUCAAAUUCUUCUUUCUAGCAAUCGGCUGGAGGUAUCUCCAUGAUCUUUCACACAUGUUUUUAAAAAGCUUGAAACUACUAUGAGGUGAAAUUGCAUGUCAAAAGCGCUUCGUUAAGUACAGAUAACAGUCGAACAUCAAGAUUGUCCAUUUUUUACCGUAUUUCUAACCAUAAAAACUUCUUCCCAAAAUAUCUCGAUAACGCUCUCACAGAUUUCGCUUAAACUUCACUAACAUCGAGGCGGCUAUUGUAGGAAAAAGCUCCAGUAAACGAUUUUGGAAGAACAGUUCCCAGUGCCGAGAAAUACUGUUGCAAGUAAAAUAGGUAAUGGCGUCAUUUCGUUGCCACGAUAACUACGAUGUCAUUGCAACCCUGAUCAUAACAAAGUUUCAUCUUUAUCUAAUACAACUGUGGUGUUAAUUUUUCCAAAUGUUUGUUUAUGGCGACGUAGUUUACGCUCAAACGUGAGAGGUAUUCACUCAAAAAAACUGUAUCGAGCCACCUUAAUAUAAGCAAAACAUGAAAAUGUGGUAUUAUGAACUCAUGUAAUUGGCCACUGUAGAUAGGUUGAAGUACUAAUUUUAAAACCAGGUCACAGUUGGUAAAACUUAAGGUAUAAGAUUAAGGAUCACCAUUGAUUUCGAAAUGGAUGUAAAAAUUCGCUUAAUCAGUGUUUUGUUUCAGCUGUGAGGAAGUGACUGUGUCUGAGCAACUGAAAAGGAAAGGUCCCUUAAUUACCACGUUCCCCCUAAUUUCCGGCGUUCUUUAGGUCCAGAAAAUAUUUGUUGUGAACAGUCUAGCAAACUGUUCUUAAAUUUUACAAACCUGGACUAAAACAAUUCCAUACGCUGAUUGAUUUUAGGAGGCUUUUACCAAAGCGAAAUGGGAGAGGUCUCCUGCAAGAAUUGUAGCACAGGCACUUACGUUUCAGAGGAACGUCAUCCUGGCAAAACUCCGACUGACUGUCACGCAUGUCCGUACGGUAAGAGCGAAGUUCCUUUAAAGGAAAGUUUCUUGGUAUUGCGGGUGGCAGGGUUCGUACAGAGCCUUGAAUUCUUGAAAAAAAGUCUUGAAAUUUGCCAAGCAAUUUUCCAGACCUGUAAAAAAGUUUGGAAAAUGGAGAGGAAGUCUGGAUAAAUGGUAAAAAGUUUUUGAGGUUAGGGUUUCUCAAAGCUACCAACGAGUGCUUGAUAAGUAAUUUUCUUUUUUGUUUUGGUCAAAUCUUAUUCAAUCUCGCCCGUACGUUUGCAGCGCAUCACGAAAAAACCUUUAAGUUUGCUUCCUAAGUUUUCUUUAAGGUCUCCUUUGAUCACCUAUUUGAUAACGGUGUGUCUGGAAAAAGAAAUCAUUGUUUUGGAAAAAAGUCUUGAAGAAGCCUUGAAUUUUGGAUUCAAAAAUAUGUACGAACCCUAAAGGUGAAGCUAUCACUAAAUGAGCAAUAUCCACACCAAAACACAAUACCUAACCAACAAAACAUACACUGUUAUACUUUCGCACAUCUCUCAGGUCUCUUAUUGUGAUUACGUAACGUACUCAAUUACUAUGAUGACGGCUCAAACUAACCCAGUAAAUCGGGCCAAUCAAUAGCGCGAAAAUCCAAUUCUAGACAUAGGAAAAUUGGACUGAGGGAUUUUAAUCAAACAAGCCCAAAAACGAAAAACUAAUGGAAAUUAAUUCUAAUAAAAGUUCUCACGCUUUGAAUUGCGAUUCAACUUUGGUGUUUCUAGACCGGUUUAAACUUCGACGACGAAAUUGCCGAGCCAACAAUUAAGUUCAUCCCUGUCAGUGAUAUUCAAAAUCUCAGGAUUGACUUGGAGAAUUGUCUCACUGUCUCCAAUGAUUUGGACCAUCAAAUCGUUGCCUUCCUCCAUCCAUUCAGACCAGACACGGUUGACACGGACUGUCCACGAUACGUUUAUUCGUGUAUUUGCGGUAUUCGAGAUGCCUUGUUCUUUUCUCAAGUUCUUCAUCGUCAACGAUAGCAAUCAUUCCAUGGUCUGCCGAAGUUUCCCGUGGGGUCUGUCUGUUUCCCAUGCUAAAGUAAGGUUCCAAUACUUCUUGCGAAAAACAACAUUGUGUCAGAAAAGAAAAGCUCUUCGUCGCUGUCCAUGAACUCCAUGAUAACAUGAAAGCAUGGACUGACGUACUGAAUAAUCGAACUCGCCCAUAAAAUGGUCAAAACAACUGAACAAAGAAACCAAAAAAUACAAAGCAAACUCCCUUGAGGACGCCACAAAAAUCUCACAAUUUUGUAACUUUCAUUGUUUUUUUAUUUAAUUCGAGGAAGGUCUGAGCUUGCAAGAGGCUAGACGAGUGCUUUGUUCUCUUAAACAAAAGGUCUUUAUUACUGAAUUAUGGCAUAAUAUCAUGAAAUAAGUCAGAUAAAUGCCGAGAACGGACAGUAUUAAUCCAUACACAUCCCGACUGGGACGUAUAUGGAUUAAUAUCAACGUUCUCGGUUUUUAUCUCUUACAUAAAUAACACAGGAAAUAUACCUCAGGUGAAAUUUUCUAACAAUUCUGCUAUUAGCAUCGACAAUAAGACAUCUGAUUUGUGACGUCUAGCCGACUUUGUGCUAUUUUGGUUUAAAAAAUGAAUUUUGGUCAAAUACCAAAUAAAAGUAGAGUCCGAUGUCUAAUUUUUAUUACGUCAUCACUAAUAAAGUGUGAGAUUGCCCAAAUAUUUUAUGAUUGAUUUGACAGUCUUAGACCCUGUUUACAUGGAUUGGGGGACCCCGGUCUAGUGGGGUAAGUUUCUUUUGUUUUGUGUCCCCCAGAGCGUGAAAACAAAAGAAACCAACCCCACUAGACCGGGGUCCCCCACUCCAUGUAAACAGGCCCUACAAGAUGUCUUGCAAAGACUAUGUGAAGAAAUUAAUUAUGUACAAAGAUUGCCGCUCAUUGGAGAUAUUAGCCACUUUGGGAUUUUGCAGGGAAUAGACAACAAACUAAUUGAAACAUAGUACACAAAUAAUCACCUUCUUAUCUGCAAAAAAAAAAAACCGCGACCUAAAUGGUUCAAAGCCAAGAGCUCGCUGAAACUAGACCUAGAUCCAAUUUUCCUAUGUCUAGAAUUGGUUUUUCAAGGCACAAUCAGCUAAGCUAAACACCGACGAAACGUUUUUGUGGCUGGCACAGAAUAUUUUGGAGCAACAGCUCAAACGCGCGACCACAUACCUGAGUUCUGCCUGUCAACACCAUGGGGAAAUCACACAAUCACACACUUUCGCGGCACUGAUACGACUAUCCACAACCACGUAUUAUCUUCUCACGUUCAACGCAAGUGAGAUAUCGUCAAAAAAACUCAGCUUAUUGACAGAUAUAUUCACACCAGAAAAAAAAACUACCGUAAAAUUCCGAAAGUAAGCCCAAGGGCUUAUAUUUUUCAAAGGCCCUUUUGAGGGGCUUAUUUUUGGAGGGGCUUGUCUAAGGAGGGAAAUUUGCGUUUCAAGAUCGAUUGGGCUAACCUUAUAGUUGGAAGUAAAUUUACCGUUCAUGCUUUGUUUUACUUUGUAUUUUAGGGCAAUUUUCCAAGUACAAGCCCCUGGGGGGCUUGUAUUUAGAGGGGCGAUUUAACGGAGGGUUUUUUGUGUUACCAGUCUGGGGGACUUUGGAGGGGCUUAUAUAUGGAGGGGCUUAUUUUCUCUUGGCUCGGGUCGAAGUUCACCGGCAAUUUUGCUCUCGCCUAAUUAAUUUGACUCCUAAAAGCCUGUUACCGAGGCCAAAGACUUAGUGGUCACCUUCGGCCCGGUUCAAAAGGCGAACUUCACAUGUGCCGAAAUUGAGGUGUUUCAAUACAGUUUUUCAGAGGCCAUACCUAUAUUUUUCAAUCGCCUUAAAAGUCUUUUUUUUCCUUGUCCGAUCGGUAUAAAAUUUUCAUCAUUAUUUGGCUAUUGACUGAAAUUUGUGAAAAUGUAGUUUUAAGUAAAAUCGAUAUUACUAUGACAACAAUAAACAAAAAACUUUGAACAAAACACUUUAAAUUUUUACAAAUUUCAGUCUAUCGUGAAUCAUUGGUGAAAAUUUUAAAGCGAUCAGACAAGGAUAAAAACAUUUUUAAGGCGAUUGAAAAAUAUCAGUAUGGCCUCUGAAAAAACUAUAUCGAAACGCCUUAAUAGGGACCUUAGGCAGCCAGGACGAGUUUGUGGACGACGACGAGAGAAGACGAGUGAGGUCUGGGUCGAGAACUUCUUCCAAAGCGGAAAAAACAGAUGUUUAAGCAAGUUCCCGUCUCGGCUCGUCGCCGAAAUGGGUAGACUGCACCGAAUGGCUUCUUUGAAAUACGAGAGUUGCUUCUUUUUAGCGUGAGAACAACACAAUUAACGAGGAAGAAUAUUUCCUGCUCUCCGAAGGAUUUAAAUCGGUAAACCGUUUAUCAAAUGAAAAGGCUUGAAUCGAAUCAAACAGAACAGAGCUGGUUUUGUUGUCCUAUACAUUUUACAGGAGUUAAUUUAAUCUAUUUAGGUCGACCCAAACUAUUAAGUUCGACUGUUGAUUCAGACGGUCGAACUUUACAUGUGCCGAACCUAAUUCGUGGCGAAAAGGAAUGUCAUCUUUACUGCUUAAAAUAGGGAAAUAAACUGAAAAAAGUAAAAUUCACCAAGCCUGGAAAUUCUUGCUUUUAGUGUGAUUUGUGUUCUGUUAUGGCAAGAAGACAACUGGGGAGAUCGUGAUCGUGAUAUUUGAAUAAAAUAAAGUAACGCCAUGAAGUUUAAAAUACAGUGAGAUUUCUUUAUGGAUGUAACGAAAGGCAACUUUUUAGAAGACCGUUUUAAGCUGUCUAGUUUCAGUCUAAAAAUCUGCGAGGUAAUUGCUGGUAACUGUCGUUACGCUUCUGUGAGUUCUGUCCGCACAGGCGUGAAAACCCACUAAAUAGCCAAUCCGAAGCGCGGUUAUAUUGAAAAAUACGUUAACAUAAUUUAUGCAUUUUGUUCAGCACAUGUGAAAACGAUAUAUGAAUCGAAGUCGAUCUUUUGACGUUGUAUUCGACAAGCUCAGUCCAAUCGAACGGCAAAGUCGACCCACAAACAAAAGUAUCGCUCCUAAUUGAUUCGUAUUCUUUACAUGUGCCGAACCUAACCAUUAGGUUCAGCACAUGCUUGAAUCGAACGAAAUCGUACCUUUCUGUCUCAGCCCGGAUCAGCGUGAUUGACAAAACAAGACUACAAUACGAUAUGGGAAGAUGCGGACUCUGCGAAUCGUAUUAACUUUGUCCCAUCUCGGAGUUUUACAUAAUGUUCUGCGGGAAACUUUUCUCAAGGUGACCAAUAACGAAAUGUAAACUGCUUAACGGCACAGAACCAGCUUUAGGCGCGCACCAAGAGAGGAUAAAGGGGACAGAGAAGGCAUCCCCCAUACACACCCUAUUCCAUAGGUAAUUCGUCUCGAGUUAUUUUUAAGACCAUACAUCCCAAGGGGGAUUAGACAACAGCCAAUCACAUAGCGCGAAUGUGUACCGCGUGGAUGACCCACGCUCAGAGCCACGCGUCCUUCACGAAUUGACGCAGAAAAAAUUGGCGGAAGACGUGGAGAGCGAUACUGCUAUUUGUUUUGUCGACGAAAACGACUUAAGAUAGAGUUCUGCUUAAGCUGUGUCAGCGAAACGGAAAUUAAAAAAGAAUCGCCCUUCCUCUCUUGUAUAGAGCUAACAGUACAGCAGGGAAAUCCUUCAUACACUGAAUAUUCUCUCAGAAUCAUUUAUAAUUUACAGUUUGAAGAGAGCAAUUUAUGGUUUGAUAUUUAUUCUUGUAUUAGUCUUUUAUUAUUCAACAAAAAUAACACUUGGCGUCCUACUUGCUUCAUUAGGCUGAUUUAGCAACAGAACGGGAACGUCAUUUGACGACGGGGAAGGUGCGGAAAGCACUAAACUCGACUUCCGGUACUCAAUUUGCCGCUCUGCCAUUGGUCAAGCCAGUAGUUUGAUUUGCGUGCGCAGUCGUCAACAGACGUCCCCGUUCUGUUGCUAAAUCAGCCUAUUAUACAAACGACAGGUUUCAAUAGACCGGCGAAAUUUCUCAUUUUAGCACUGAGGUUACGACAUCUUCGAUUUCACGGGUUGUCAAAGAGUGCAGCGAUUCCCUUUUCCCAGGUGAGCGCCGACUCAUUUCGCUUCAAUAUUCAGGAACGCUCUCGAUCUCUUCACGCUUUCAUUGCCUUUCGCCCGACAUGUUUUGCACGGCGUUUAGUCAUGCGAAACCUCUACGAAACACCCACGCAGCGCGCGAGGUAACUUUAUCCCGAUUCUAAAAAUAACUCGAGACGAAUUACCUAUGGAAUAGGGUGUGUAUGGGGGAUGCCUUCUCUGUCCCCUUUAUCCUCUCUUGCGCGCACUGGUUACAAAUAACUGUCACUUGUGUUAGACAGGGAAUUGUGGGUAGGGACGGGAAAAAAGUAAAAGAGGGAGGGAGAGAGGGGGAGGGGUUAGGUAGAAAUUCGUGAAAAUCUGUGUACAGCCACUUCUACACAAAUCCCUAACCGCAAAGCGGCCAAAAAAAGGACAUAAGCAAACAACACAGUAAACAAGCUAAGACAGGGGAAGUUGAGAGAAGUUACAAAAUGUUUGCUAACCCUGUUUUCAUAAAUUCAGGUAGAUAUAUAGAUUUAAGCUAAAACAGUUGAAUAUAUACAACAAUUACUUGCACCAUUUUGAACUGUUAUUGAAAUGUUGCAUGUUCCGUGGUGAAGCUUGUUUCAAAUUUCUCAGCACUAAAUCGUUUUACUUGUAUAUGGGUAGGUACACUCUCCAAUGAAACUGCUGGUCAUCGCGCAUGCAAAUGCCUUCCUGGAUUUUACCGCAUGGAUCGUUUUGGCUCCUGCUCUGAAUGCCCUGCUCACGGUAUAAAGUGUGUCAACGAUACAGCAAUUCUAGCACCAAAUUAUUAUUGGAAAUGGCCAAGUGAAAAGGAAAAAAGGUUUUAUAGCAACUUCGUUAAAAAUAUUUACACACUGGAGCCUCCAUACGACAAAACUUUCUCCAGGUUUCAGGGAACGCUACCCCAGCCCCAAAAAUGUCCAUAUCCUAAAUCCUGUAAUGGCGGAGUUGACUCGUCCUGUCAAGACAAAUUCAAAGGAAUUUUAUGUGCCUCAUGCUCUAUCAACCACUACCUCCGAUUUAACACGUGCCUGGAAUGCCCAAGAAUGGUUAACACAAUCAUAUCAUGCGUAGUCGUAGUUCUGGUAUUUGUUGCGGUGUUUUUAGUGGUUCUUUGGGGUGACUCGAAACGCACAGAAAACAAUCGUACGGUUGCAGAUGUCGUUAUGUCUUGUUGCAAAAUUGUUAUUGGAUUUUAUCAAGUCACUGCUGGAAUUUUUUCUGCGCUUGUGUAUGUUCGAUGGCCUGUUAUUCUAAUCUCCAUGGAAAAAUAUUUGAACUUUGUUGAGGGUAACAUACUGAAGUUCGCACCUUUAAGCUGCAUUUACUCUAAAUUGCGUCCAGAUCCAUUCCUACAAUUUUCUCUCGCUGUUGGCAUAAACAUAUUUGUUGUUUCCCUUAUUCUUCUCUACCUCUUCCUGAAGAAACGCUACAUAAACAAUACGGAGGAUUCAAUGAGCGAAAAGAUGAUCCAAAUAUCGAGGCUUAAAAAGUCUUGCUACCGUAACAUAUUCUUAUUUCUUCUGUUGUCUUACCCAGUGACGAGCAAGAAGAUCAUUGACAUUCUGCCGUUGCCUGGUGUAUGUGUCAACAUGUGCUUCAGUAAAAGCGAUUGUAUCUCCCUACUGAGGGCUGAUUACUCCAUCCACUGCUAUACGCCUCGGCACAAGAUCUUCUGGAAAAUUGCUGCAGUGUUUGCCUUUUAUCCUAUUGCAUUUCCGUUAAUGCUACUGCUUCCCAUUUAUAAAUAUCGACAGGCGGAAACGGAGAAAGAAAUUGCCUUCGGCUUGAGGGUGUUUUUUGAAAAUUACAAGGAGAAAUACUGGUUUUGGGAAACACUUGAAAUGUACCGCAAACUUCUCCUUAUCUCCUUGAUUCUUCUUUUUGGGUCAGAAAGCCACUCUCAGAUUGGUUUCGCUUUGGUCAUAACAAGUGCCUCGGGGAUAGCCUACACCCUUUUCAGGCCCAUCAAAGGAAAGUUUGAAGAUCGUCUCCAAACGUGUGUGCUUUGGAUAACAUUUUUCAACGUUUGCCUUGGUUCUUUAUAUGGUCAGUCUGAUGGAAGGAAAAAGCACGUGGAAAACGACUCCAUUUUCAUCAAUGUUUUGUUCCUUCUCCUUAACAGCUCCGUCUUGAUCGUGGCUGCAGGUGAGUUCUGCCUUUCAGAGACUCCUUAGUGUAACUAGUGAAAUUUUUCGAUAUUUCUUAGAGGUAUUCCUAUGAAUGUUGAAUGAUCAGUCCCGUGAAAAAAAAAAAGAAAGAAGGAUACGUAUGCGUCAAAAUACACUAUUUCAAAGUAGGGAAUGGUACGUGCGUUUAAAUGUUUACCUUUGGAAUGUGCUAUUGCAUUUAAUAUCCGUCCUCCCCGGUUGUGGUUCUACCUUUUCUUCUUACGCGAGAAGAUUAAAUAAAGUUGCAUUUACCCCUGAAGACUUCCAUAAAAUAUUGGUUUAUCCCUUAAGAAUAAGGGUCCUACCCCGUCCUACCGGGCGGGGGCUGGAGGAGGGGGACGGGUAUAAAAUGUAAUAGCCCAAUUGUGGUUGCAGAUGAAUGUCACCAAAGUGGAGAAGUUUUUACGAUUCACUGAACUAUGGCGACGAGUUUAAUCGGGGGAAAGGGGUUUGGCAGAGCCACGUUCUUUUUUUUUUUUUUUUUAACCAAGUUUAAAGUGUCAGCGCAGAAUCAGCGCAGUAUCUUUGAUAACUACAACCAGAGUGAAAUAUAAAAACGUUCUUAGCGUUAAACAAUGAUGUAAAUAUUAUUAUCCCCAUAUAUAACGAACUGAACACAACACAGCACUUUGGAAAUUCGAAAUAGUUCUUAAGGGCGCCCAGAACGGCUGGUAAUUGAGUCUGUUACUCUGUGUAAUGAAAUUGUUCUUUUAGCAUAACAUGUAUAAACGAUGUCAGAUUUCCCCACAGUUCCCAAUUCCUAAUAGCCCACUUCUGAGUGAUAGCCUGGGACCAAAACUAAGUGCGCGCGUAUUUAUGGGAUUGUUUGGGGGGACAAAAUGAGCAGCCACCUUGUGUCAUGACGGGGCAUGCAAGUUGUUGUGUCCCUUCGUGCACAAGUAACUUCAGGAACUCCACUGGUCUGGCAUUCUAUAGAAUACCAAAGACAACUGACGUAUCCAGCGAGAAUAUGUACUUUUGUUUCGGAACGCUAAUUUGAAGUACACGGAUUUGCAUUCCUCUAGUUUUUCUCCAAGUAAGAUCUCCCAGGCACAUCUUCCUUCAGUUUGACAUUUUAAUGUUUUUUUUUUCUUUCAAUUGCACCUUUUUUUUUCUUAUUUUAAUUUGUUUUAACUCCGCUUAAACAUUCCACCCCACUUUCCACCAUGUUUGUUUACAUUUCCGUCCCCCCAAAUAAUGCCAUAAAUGCGCGCACGCCUAGUUCGGGUCCCAGGCUAUCAGUCUUUUCCGAAGUGAGCUAUGUUCUGCAAACCAACUAUAAUCCAGCUGAUGUUUGUUGUCUAUUCAACUGUAAGUUACCCGAAUUGAACGUUCUCAAUAUCCCCCGUAGCAUUUCUUAGCAUGAUUUUUCUCCAAAGGGCUCCUUCAAAGGAAACGAAGGGUUCUGGGAAAGACAAGUCUAAAGUCUAUGACGUAUUUCCGUUUCCGGUACCUGACCCAUUCUAACAAAAAUCGAGUUUCUUUCCGUGCCCAGGCUUCUCGCGCACUGACUUUAUGUUACAUUCUCCUGAAGUGGAACGUAAUUGUAAUUGCUGCAUGAGUUAAAAGCUUUGCUACAAAUUGAAGCAACUAGGGAAGCCAGUGUGUUAUUGUUGCCAUGGUGUCAGCUUCUGAAGUUUUAAGAAAAUUCGAGCCUCUGGCUUGGUGUAAUCACCAUCAUCAUAAGGACCAUCACCAUCACAAGCUGAUUCGGGGUAAUAAAUCAAACACGACACCCAGUAAUUUAUCCGAUUUCCAGAUAACGAAAAGUGGGUUGAAAAACGAAGUGUAACCAAGAUUUGAACGUUUUCAAAAAAUUGUAAAAAAAUCGGCUUUUGUUCAAAUCGCAAAAUUUUUUCGCAGAAGUUAUUUUAAUAAGGUAUAGUUUCAGAUAAGAAAAUAAAAAAUUUUUGGUGAUGGGCACUUUAACGACUUCUGUAGUCUCCCUCGCAGGCGUUUCUGCCUUGUCUUUGCCUGGGAAGAGCAUUGCGGGAGAUUUGUGUUGUGCGAAUUAAACAAAGAAAAAAUCACCUUAAUUUUGGGAACAGGGGUCUUUUUUGCGUAAGCAUGCGCGACCGCGACUUGAUAAAGAGCACACAACCAGUGACAGCCACCGUGGUGAAUAGUCAUAGGAACCAAAUUCUUCACUUUAAAAGCUUGCUUGAGAUUCAAAUGGUAGCAGGAACGUAGGAGAGAUCUUCGUUGUACAAAAUAAGUAAAGAUCUGAUGAUUUAAAGUGGAGACGAAUGCGUUGAACAAGGUGAAAGAGCAAGUUUCUCAAGGAUGUCUGACACGAACAUGGCUGCUUGUUGUCGUUCGGCGCUCGACUCGUGUCUUGAUUCCCCUUGAAGAACCUUAACGUUUGGCAUAGAAUGCAUUGCUGAUGGGUAGAUAUCAAGCAAAAUAUUCUUUAUUUAGUGUUUGUCUAUAAAUCGGAUGUAAAUUGUUUCACGAUGCCGUAGAGGAUUUUUGUCAAUAAUUUGUGGAUAACUGAUUUAGCCAUAUUUCAGGAGUGGGUUGAUAACGAUCAGCAGGCGACUACCACGCCGCGUGGGGUAAUUUUCACUCGCGCUCGCGUUUCCCUCGCUCUACUAUCCAUGAGGAAAAAUGGGGAGUACUCGUAGACUAUCCUCGGUACUUCGCUCCUCGUUGACGCGGCUUCGCCGCGAACCAUCAGUAUCAAUGAGAAAAAAAUAUCCUCUGGAACCCAGGGUACACAUUUUGUUAAAUCACGAGCACAUUCGCCAAGACCAAAGAGCAAAAUAAUCUCGAUAAUAGCUUUGAGACGCGCCAUCUUUAUGAAGGCAGACCCUGUGGUGAGCCUCCAUGCAAAUCGCUUGUUCAGCGGUCGCGCAUGCUCAUGCAAAAAAGACCCUGUUGGUAAAAACUAGGUACGUGUAAGUGUACUGCUACCGCGGUGGGCAGUCCGGUUAAAAGUCUCCAAAUAUUCUAAAAUUACAAUGGCUGCUUCGUACUAAACAGCUUUGUUGGGAUUCAUGGAUUAAAGAACGAGGUAUAUUACAUGACUGUAAAGUGUUGUUGUUUGGGUCCAUGAGCUUUAAAGAACAUCGAUUACAUGUGGAUUCGCCCGACAUGGAUUUGUCGGCGAAAAAGGAGUGAGCGUCAAGGUGACAGUAGCAGCAUAUGUGGAUCAACAGCAUUUUCCAGUUAUGACUUCAUACAAAAUAUAUUCAAGAUCGACGUGGCAAUCGUCGAGAUUACUAAGAUCGUUCAGAACGCUGGACCUAUUUUAGCAAUUGCAACAAUAUAAUCCAGGCAAAAAGCAUCUUUGAAGAAAGGGGGUUCGAAGAGCCCUCUAUCCUAACUUUGAAGCUUUCUUUGUUUGUUUGUUUUUGUGUUUUUUAUUAUAUAACUGGAUUUUUGAAAACCGAGUUAGCAAAAAAAAUCAACUCAUUCUACUACUUGCCAAUUUAAAACAAUAAAAAAUCAUUCAAAGGCCAAUUAAAAGCCUUUCUCUGACGCCAGGCAGUAAGUUAGAGGUCCCUAGAAGCAUUUCAACGAGUCCAAAUUUAAAAUGACGCACAUUUUAGAACAUUUACUGAGUAAUCUGACGCCGUGAAGUUUCAAACCGGUGUCACUUCAGUCUCGAAAUUUUAUAACUUGAAUGGUGAACUACAGCCAAAAAGUACAUGGUUAAGGCUCACAUACCAACUUAAAUAGUUAUCAAAACACCACUAUUUUCGCGGUCCGAUAAUCGACAGGAUUUCGCAUAGAAUAGACAACAAACUAAUUGAAACAAAUAGUACAAAAUUAUCACCUUAUCUGCAAAAACCGACCUAAAUGGUUCAAAGCCAAGAGCUCGCUGAAACUAGACUUAGAUCCAAUUUUCCUGUGUCUAGAAUUGGUUUUGCAAGGUACAAUCAGCUAAGCUAAACACCGACGAAAUGUUUUUGUGGCUGGCACAGAAUAUUUUGGUGCCGACAGCUCAACCACGCGACCACACACCUGAGUUCUGCCUGUCAACACCAUGCGGAAAUCACACAAUCACACACUUUCGCGGCACUGAUACGACUAUCCACAACCACGUAUAAUCUUCUCACGUUCAACGCAAGUCAAAUAUCAUUAAAAAAAAAAAAACUCGGAAAAACUCAGCCUAUUGGCAGAUAAACACCUCUUGACUUUUCUCUUACACUCGUCUUAUUCAAGUUUCCGGAUGUACAGUCACACGGUCGGCAGACCAGCAUAGACCCUCUUUCCACACCAAAAAAAAAAAAAAACUAACUCUCGAUAUUGGAAGAUGCAGACUCCGCGAAUCGUAUUAACUUUAACCCAUCUCAGAGCUUUACAUGAUGUCCUCCAAGAAACUUUUCUCAAGGUGACCAAUAACGAAAUGUGAACUGCUUAACCGCAAAGAACCAGCUUUUUCAUAGGCGCGCACUGAUUUUAAAUAACUGUCACUUGUGUUAGACAGAGAAUUGUGGGUAGGGACGAGAAAAAAGUGCAAAAAGGGAGGGAGGGAGAGUGGGUUGGGUAGAAAUUCGCGAAAAUCUGGCUACAGCCACUCCUACAAAAAUCCCUAACCACAAAACAACCAAAAAAAAUGACAAGUAAACAACACAGUAAACAAGCUAAGACAGCGGAAGCUGAGAGAAAUUACAAAAUGUUUGCUAGCCCUGUUUUCAUAAAUCCAGGCAGAUAUAUAGAUUUAAGUUAAAACAGUUAAAUAAAUACAAUAGUUACGUAAACCAUUUUAAACUAUGUUAUUGAGAUUUUGCUUGUUCAGUGGUUUGAAGCUCAGUGUUUCAAAUUUCUCAGUACUAAAUCGUUUUACUUGUAUAUGGGUAGGUACACUUUCCAAUGAAACUGCUGGUCAUCGCGCAUGCAAAUGCCUUCGCGGAUUUUACCGCAUGGAUCGUUUUGGCCCCUGCUCUGAAUGCCCUGCUCACGGUCUAAAGUGUGUCAACGAUACAGCAAUUCUAGCACCAAAUUAUUAUUGGAAAUGGCCAAGCGAAAAGGAAAAACGGUUCUAUAGAAACUUCCUUGAAAAUAUUUACACACUGGAGCCUCCAUACGACAAAAGAUUCUCCAGCUUUCAGGGAACGUUACCCCAGCCCCAAAAAUGUCCAUAUCCUAGAUCCUGUAAUGGCGGAGUUGAUUCAUCCUGUCAAGACAAAUUCAAAGGAAUUUUAUGUGCCUCAUGCUCUAUCAACCACUACCUCCGAUUUAACACGUGCCUGGAAUGCCCAAGAAUGGUUAACACAGUCAUAUCAUGCGUAGUCGUAAUUCUGGUAUUUGUUGCGGUGUUUUUAGUGGUUCUUUGGGGUGACUCGAAACGCACAGAAAACAAUCGUACGGUUGCAGAUGUCGUUAUGUCUUGUUGCAAAAUUGUUAUUGGAUUUUAUCAAGUCAUUGCUGGAAUUUUUUCUGCGCUUGUGUAUGUUCGAUGGCCUGUUAUUCUAAACUCCAUGGAAAAAUAUUUGAACUUAGUUGAGGGUAACAUACUGAAGUUCGCACCUUUAAGCUGCAUUUACUCUAAAUUGCGUCCAGAUCCAUUCCUACAAUUUUCUCUCGCUGUUGGCAUAAACAUAUUUGUUGUUUCCCUUAUUCUUCUCUACCUCUUCCUGAAGAAACGCUACAUAAACAAUAUGGAGGAUUCAAUGAGCGAAAAGAUGAUCCAAAUAUCGAGGCUGAAAAAGUCUUGCUACCGCAACAUCUUCUUAUUUCUUCUGUUGUCUUACCCAGUGACA